AUGGACGUUUUCAAUGGACUUCCCGAUCCGAUCGUUAUAGAAAUCUUGAACAAAGUCGGUGACGUCAAAACCUUACUUCGUUGCAUUUCUCUUUCCAAACGAUUCAAGUUGCUCGUACCUCAGUCCGAGUCACUCAUCCUCCGACUCAACCACGUCGUUACCACCAACGAGUCUGACUCUCCCGUCGGCAACAACAUUUUCCGAUCUUUAUUCAAGUCCUUUCACGGUCUCCUCUCUCUUUUCUCUAAACCAACUAAAGCGAUCCCAACCACGACUCUUUCUCCUAAUAUCCCUUCCACGAUUUUGUCCCGGUUUAACCGGGUUCGGAAUCUUGACGUAGAGCUUCCCGGCGGAGAUGUCAAGGUCGAGAAAGACGCCGUCGUUAAGUGGAAAGCCGAGUUUGGCAAAACCUUAAAAAGCUGCGUCGUAGUCGCUUUCCGUCCCGCCGCCACCGUGUCUUCUUCUUCUCCGGCGGAAGCCCUAGACGGUGAGUCAGACGCGGAGUUCGUGAAUGGACUCAAGACGCGCGUGGUGUGGACGAUAAGCGCGUUGAUGGCUGCAUCGUCUCGUCAUUACCUCAUGAACCAAGUCGUGAAGGAACACGAGAGGAUGGAGAGUUUGGUUAUGCGUGACAAAGAAGGAGAAGGGACGGUGGUGAUGGAAUCUGAGGGGCUGAGAGAGUAUCGAAAUACGGUGGCGCGUGAGGAAGAUGUGGAGCGCGUGGAGAGAAAUCGGAGGAGUGUUGUCCCGAGCGUGAAGAUGAGUAUGAGACACGCGCCUUCGCUUAAGCUUAAGAACGGUAUAUGUUUAGAAUCCGCUAUGCUCGUGAUCGUAAGCCCGAGCGAGGAAUAUUCCGACGUCGGAGAUGAAGAGAUGGCGACGGAGGCUUUCGCCAGAGAUUGUAUGUAUGGUGAAGCGGUCGUCGCCUUGUUAAAACGUAAGAAGAAUAAUUUAGAAAUGAAUUCGUUCUAA